AUGUCCGCUGCACCUCGGAGGAGACUUGCCUGUCGCCCAUGCACUCGGCGCAAGGUCAAGUGUGACAAGCAGAUUCCAUGCCAGAACUGUAUCAAGAGAGGAAGUCCGGCAGAUUGCGAACGCGAACCUGACCGCGAACUUGAUCGCAACGAUGCGGUCGAUGUGAAUGCAAAUCCUCGGACCAGUAGCAGCAUUUCCAGUCUUCGGCCCCAGCUCCAGUCCCAACUAGACCACGCAUCGACCGUUCGUGCUCUCCGUACUCGAGUGGCCGAACUGGAGACCGCCCUACAACAGAAGAGCCUCCUUAGCCCAGGACCGGAGGGCAAUGCGCGAGACCGUGCAACAGAACAGGCUGAGGCCAGCACUGACGCUCAACUUCGAUCGUCAUCGCCCAGUCAGUGUUCAGAUGUUGAAGAUGCAGUCACUGUGCUGGAGUUCUUGGCUUGGGGCCGUCUCAAGGAUCCGGACAAUUUUGCAAUGCUGUCGCCGGAAGCCCUUCGAGUCUCUGAGCAUGGAGAUGGCAUUGGCACCAGCCCGCCCGAGGAGCUUGACUGUGCCCUUGAUUCCGGCAUGAAUCUCCUGUCGUGGCUGCAGAUCCUGCUUCCUUCACGACGCCAGGUGUAUCAGCUGGUCGAGUAUCACAGCAACUGCAUGCUCUGGUUCCAUGGCUCAUACUUCGCACCAACCUUCUCCAAAGAACUCACCUCUUUCUACGCGGAUCACAGGGGACAGUUGGAUUCCAAGGGUGUGAGUCUCCAAUGGGUGGCACUGCUGUUUUCGGUCAUGGCUGGCACCAUCACCUCAGCCCCGGCGCACGAGGCGAGAGAGUGGGGCUUCAAUGAACGUGAGGCGCGGCUGUUGUCUCAAAAAUGGUACAAGGCUGUGCUCGUCGCCUUGAAUGCCGCCAAUUACACCGCCCAUCACUCCUUACAUUCCGUCCAAGCGAUCACGGUUUUGACAAACACCGCCCAUAUGUUGGGCCAUUCGAAUGCGCAGUCCGUCAUGCUGGCGUCGGCAGUCCGCAUCGCCCAAGGCCUGGGCUUACACCGACUGGACGAUGACGCUCCAGGGUCCGACAUCGAGCUGGAGACCGGUCGCCGUGUGUGGCAGGAGCUGUGCACCCAGGACUGGUUCAGCACGGCCUUUUCGGAAUCCUACUCGAUCAAUCUUCUGCAUUCCACCUCUCUCCCGCCCAAAAACUGCGACGAUGACAUGAAUGUCCUGCCGGAGUCGGAGCCAACCGUGACCAGCUUUUGCCGAUUCCUGGCCAAGAUUGCCGCCAUCAUGCCGGCGCUGCAGGAUGCCAUGGCCUUGUCCAACACCCUGUAUACCAAGCACGAGGCAGUUCUGGUGUAUGAUAGAAAGAUGCGGUCAUUGGCCACCGGCAGGCCCGCAUUCCUGGCCAACACAACCUUCGAUGCCAAUUGGCCGUGUUAUAUUCCAUGGGCGCGUCGGGCCAUUGCGAUGAGUUCAGCGCACAAGAUUAUCAUGAUUCACAGGAGGUUUCUCGGUCUCAGUUUCACCAAGCCCGUUUUUGCUUUUACGCGUCGAACCUGCCUGGCCGCAUCUAAGACCAUCUUGAAAGAGUACCUGGCCAGCAGGAGAGACGAAUCUAGCCCAAUGCUCUGGACCCAUCAGGCGUUUUCGGUAGCAGCUUGCAUAGUACUCUGCUUUGAUAUCCUCCAUUCGUCGUCUUCGGGUCAGGACGAAUCACUGCUGGUAGACCAAACCUUGGACCAUCUGCGCCUCUCCCAGCAGAAGAGCAUGAUCGCUGCUCGCGGCGUCAAAGUCCUGAGUGCGUUGCAAAAGCAAAUAUCCAACAGGGCGGACAGUCGGAAGAGAUCAAUUGACGCUGGCACUGCUAGAGACGCCACUCCCAGGAAAAGACGUCGAGGCUUCGACGCCGCCGAAUUUGCUCGAUCCUUCUGCAGUGCCCCGACUCAGAAUGAUGGCACCACUCCACUACCGAAUCAAGGGACUCCAGACAACCCGAGUUCUACUGGAGAACUGCAGCUUGGGCAGCAGCGAACCGAGCACAGCGCGCAAGUAGUCGGCACCGAUGAAACACUUAGUCCUCCGACAGACUUGAAUUGGCUAUGGAGUAUGCCACUAUCUGAUGACGAUGGUACCCACACAUUUGACAGCCUGCUAUCUUUUGCAAACCAAGGUCUUGGACUUUGA